GUUUGUCUAUGCUAAUCCGCUUCUUGGGUAUUUUUGGAUUUAGGGGUCAUAUUGUCAAAUACUAGAGUUUUGAAAAAAAAUGGUAAAAGAAGGCAUUCUGAGGGAUUACCAAUCAAUGGGGGCUUUAAAUGAAAGCUCCGAGUUACUUUUGAAGACUCUAGGAGAUAUAUGCAGUGCAACUAGCUUCAUGGAGGAAGAAUCAAUUAGACUAGUCCAAUAUGAGACGGAAAUGCGGUGUCUGCUUGAUGAGAGGUCUUUUAUCCUCAACCAGCUACAGAAUGUCGAGCAAGAUAUAUCUACGCUGGGAGCAAUAGUGCGUCAGGCUUGGUCUGAUCGAAACAAGAGUGUUUUUUGCAUUCAAAAGCUGUACGGUGAAUAUAGUCAACUUUUAAAUAACAUAAACAAACACAGAAAGGACUUUGAUUUAGCACCUUUGCGGAAUCCAUACAAACCUCCCAAAGAAGUGUUGGAAGAUCACAAGGUCGUUUGUAGUGAGACAAAUGGAUUAGAAAACGAAGCAAUUAAAAAAUAUCUAAGUCCCAAGCAGUUUUUAUUGGAAAACGGGUGUGAAAUGGAGUCAAAAGUACGACCAAGUAAAAAAGCAAGUCACAAAAACACAAAGUUACAGCAAAAUUCAAGCAUAAAAACAAGUAGCGAAGAUGUCAAAGACGUUCAAUUUUCGAAAAGAGAUCACGGAGACGGUCAGAAACCAUUGCACAAUCCUAAUGAGGUUCUUGCGACGGAUAAUUUAAUCCAAUCUACCGCAGAGACGGAAAUUAGUAAGAAUGAUAGUGAAGUACUUGAUGAUGACUUUCCCUUUAACGAAGAAAGAAAUAAGCGCGAAGGCGGUGUGCACAAUCGUAAUUUUAGCGUUUCACCGUGGCCGAAUAACGAACAUUUUCAGGUUAACUUCCGCAGAUAUACAAGUUUGUCUGAUUGUAAUCUAGACCAUAUCAGUUCGGAAUCUCCGUCAACCUCCUUACAUAAUCAGGUCAAGUCAGUUAGUCUAGAUUUUGGUGAGUCUUUGCUCCAUACAAACGAAUCUCAGUUGAUUGCACAAUGUCCACCGAUGAAAACAUGUCAAGCGUGUCAACAGUUGAUUCAUCGAAACGCUCCAAUAUGCCCACUAUGUAAAACUAAAAGCAGAUCAAGGAAUCCAAAAAAGCCAAAAUCACGUGCAGUUAUUCAGGUUACAGAUAUGCCGAAUUCAGCAACAGGCGUCUCUUUGGCGUUGGGUCUGCUACGUGAUCACAAUGAGUAAAAAUAUAAAUACACCAUUCGCUUAACUGUUCAUCUUACUUAGCGGUUUUACGACGUUCAUGGUGACUUUAAACAGCUAUUAAGGCUGUUUAUAUAUAUAAUUGUUUUCUGUGCAUUUUAAAUAUUAUUUCACCAAUAACAAAAUUGCUUCGUUUAUA